UUGAUUCAUUAGCCAAAAAAAAAACAAAACAAAAUAGUAAUGGCGAAGUGGCUUUGUGUUGUCUACACUACCUUUGUGUGGUGGUGCUUUUUCAGCAACACCCCUGCCAAUUGCUUGGUAAAUGAAACAGAUAGAUUAGCCUUGAUUGCUUUCAAGGCUUCAAUAGAUCAAGACCCAUUUGGGGUCUUGAGAUCCUGGAAUGAUUCAGUGCACCAUUGUGAUUGGAAAGGAAUUUUGUGUAGUGGCCGACAUCGCGAUAGAGUCGUUGAGUUGAACCUAAUGUCCCAGGGCCUAAUAGGAUCACUCUCACCUCAUAUUGGAAACAUGUCCUUCCUAAAAGAAAUUAUUCUUCCAAACAAUAGCUUCCAUGGCCCAAUCCCACAAGAAAUUUCUCGAUUGUUUCGACUUCGAAACAUAGCACUCAGCAACAAUUCAUUUCAAGGUGAAAUACCCAUAAACAUUUCGCGAUGCUCAAAUCUUGAAGUCCUUAACCUGAUUAACAACAGGCUGACAGGUAACAUCCCGACCGAGUUAGGAUCUUUGUCAAAGCUUAGAGGUUUAGGCUUAGGUGGUAACAAGCUUUCAGGAACCUUCCCUCCUUCCCUUGGCAAUCUUUCGUCUCUUUCCAAACUUUCUUUAUAUGACUGUGGUUUGCAUGGAGAGAUUCCCAAGGAAAUUGCCCAGCUUCAGGUCUUGACAUUCAUCCAAUUAUCAGAUAACUAUCUAUCUGGCGAGAUUCCUGCAGGCAUUUACAACAUCUCGACUCUCUCUGUGUUUGUAGUAUUGUAUAAUCAACUUCAUGGAAGUAUUCCUAAUGAUAUAGGCUUAACCCUUCCCAAUCUCAAGUAUCUUGGUCUUCUAAGCAAUCGGUUUACAGGACGACUUCCUAUUUCAUUGUCAAAUGCUUCUAAACUUGAGCAAGUAGUUUUCAGUGUUAAUGAUUUUGUGGGUCCAAUACCAAGAGAUCUUGGAAGACUUUUAAAUCUUCGACAACUGAUCGUUGAUGUGAAUAGGUUGCAAGAUGACCUCGGUUUUAUUUCAUCAUUAACAAAUUGCACGAGUUUACAAACUCUUGUCCUUGGCAGCAAUCUUCUCAGAGGUCCAAUACCCGAGUCCAUAGCAAAUCUCUCAUCCACGAUUAGCGCAAUUGGAAUUGAGGACAAUCAAAUACAUGGAAGCAUACCUUCAGGUAUUGGGAACCUUCUCAACCUUAAUGCCCUUGUUCUGGCAGUGAAUUAUCUCAGUGGCCCUAUUCCUACCACAAUAGGGAAACUUUAUAAUUUGCAACUACUUCAUUUAUACCAAAACAAUUUCACACAACUACCAUCUUCACUAGGAAACUUAACUUUGUUGAACUAUCUCUACUUGGGCCACAACAAUAUCUAUGGAAGCAUACCUCCGACUCUCAGCAAUUGUAGUAGCCUGCUGGAAUUAAAUAUUACUCAUAAUAAUCUCCAUGGUUCAAUACCUCCUGAAAUUUUGAGUCUCUCCUCCAUUUCAAUCGCCUUCAGUUUAUCUUACAAUGCAUUGACCGGUUCCCUUCCAUCAGAAGUUGGGUCUUUGAAAAAUCUUGAAGUGUUGGAUAUAUCUAAUAAUAGAUUGUCAGGUUCUCUUCCAAGCUCUUUGGGCAAUUGCUUGAGCUUAGAACAACUUCAUUUGGAAGUUAAUUCAUUUGAAGGUAAGAUACCUCAGAGUUUGAGAGAGCUAAGGGGUUUACAAGAGUUGGACCUUUCACACAACAAUUUAUCGGGGUUGAUCCCUAGUUUUCUAGGCGAUCUUAAAUUAGAAAAGUUGAAUUUGUCUUUUAACAGAUUGCAUGGGGAAGUUCCAAUGGGGGGAGUUUUUCAAAAUGGAAGUGCUAUUUCUGUGGUUGGAAAUAUUGAUCUAUGUGGAGGUAGUCCAGACCUCAACCUUCCUCUUUGCCCCUCAUCAAAAUCCAACAAGAAUAAGCUCUCUCACAAAAUGAAAGCCAUACUCGCAGUCGUGGCUACACUUGUGUUAUGUUUAAUUUUGUUUGUCUGGUUCUUCAUAUUCCUUCAUUGGCGACGUGUUUCAAGAAAGAAGGCCAAUUCCGCGUCAUCACUGGAGGACCAAAUGUUAAGGGUUUCUUAUGCAGAGCUUCUCAAAGCCACCGAUGGAUUCUCAGAGGACAAUCUAAUUGGUGUUGGGAGCUAUAGUUCUGUUUACAAAGGAAUUCUUAAUCAAGUUCAGACGAUAGUGGCAGUGAAAGUGAUCAAUCUCCAGCUCAAAGGAGCCUCCAAGAGCUUCAUGUCAGAAUGCAAAGCACUAAGAACCAUACGACAUAGAAAUCUCUUGAAAAUUUUUAGCGUUUGUUCCAGUAUAGAUUUCCAAGGUAAUGAAUUUAAGGCUUUGGUAUAUGAGUUUAUGGCCAAUGGAAGCUUAGAGAAAUGGCUACAUCAUGAUGUAGUCGAAAAUGAAGGACAUGAAGAAGAACCCAAAAAUUUGAAGUUGAUUCAAAGGCUGAACAUUGCCAUAGAUGUUGCUUCUGCAGUUGAGUAUCUUCAUUGCCAUUGUGAGUCAACAAUUAUUCAUGGUGAUUUGAAGCCGAGUAAUGUUCUUUUGGAUGACGAGAUGACUGCUUGUGUUGGAGACUUCGGGUUGACAAAAAUUCUCUCCACUGUUUCAAGUGAGGUGGCGCAACAUGAGAGCAAUUCAAUUGCAGUAAGGGGAACCAUUGGCUAUGUUGCGCCAGAAUACGCCAUGGGCAACAGGGCUUCCACACUAGCCGAUGUGUAUAGCUAUGGGAUUCUCCUUAUGGUUAUGUUUACCGGUAAAUAUCCAACUGAUAAUGUAUUUCACGAUGGUCUAAGUCUUCAUAGCUUCGUUGGGAGUGCUUUACCUGACAAAGUGAUGGAGAUUGUGGAUCCUCGUAUUCUUUUGGAACAUGUGCCAGGAAGUUGGCUCAAGGACAUCUUGGUUUCUGUCUUGAAAAUUGGAGUUGCAUGUUCAAUGGAAUCACCAAGAGAUCGAAUGCAGAUUCAAGAUGUAGUCAGCGAAUUAUGCAAAAUAAAAAAUGUGUGUGAAAGUUAAGGGUAGAGACAAGGCUAAGGAAAAUGUUACCAAACAUGAAGGUCAAAGGAAAGACGAGAAAAUCAAAUCAUGCUUAUGAAUGCUUUAUUUUCUCCGAGGAUGCUUGGGACUAUUAUCUAUGUUGUGAUCCUUACAUUGUCUUUCUUCAGCUGUGCGUUCAAUAAAUAACUUCAACUUUACUAUUUGGAUUUGUAAAAUUUGUUCCUGUGGGGUCUUUUAGAAUAACUGUGUAUGAAUUUUCUUUCCUUAUAUAUCUUCUUUUGGAUUUUUCUGGUAUAAUAUUUGCACUUGUCAUCA